GAAGAAAAAGAGAUCAAAAUUAUAAAAUCAAUAAAUUAGUUAAAAAAUAAAAUAUCAAAAUACUUUGUUAAGUUAUUAAAACGAAACGAAGAACGAUUUCAAGUAUUAACGUCUCGGAUUACCUAAAUUCAACUGACGAGGACGACUAGAAACCGACUUGGCUCUGAAUUAACACGUAAAAAUAAAAAGGAACGACAAGAUUGAAAGGGGGCAACGGAAACCAAAUUGGAGUAGAGAGGAGGAAGAGGAAAUAAAAAGAUUGAUUGGCACGCUGUGUAUACAGGGUAGAACAUUUAUCCUGGCCACCCGGAAUAUCUCGAGAACUAAAUUCCAGAUAAAAAAAAAACGUUUCAAAUAAAAGUGAUUUGUUUCGAGUCGUCGAUUCAGAAUCUGUAAUAAAAAAAAUGUGUAUCCGAUUGAAAAAAUUAAGUUGACCUUGGAAUCACCUUGAAGACAUGAUGAAAAUUGAAAAUAGAUGUGACUACUUUAUCAGAUCCUCCUCGACUUAAACAUUUUAUUUCAAACUUUUUUUUUUUUUCCUCCAGAAUUUAGUUUUUGAGAUAUUCCACGUGGCCCGGACAAAGUGCCCCACCCUAUAUGUACACUUGGCAUUGUUCCAGUGUUUCAAGACUGAAUCAACCUGAUCCUGUUCAGUUUAGUGAACAGUCUCGUUUCAUUCAGAUCGGUCUAGAAACAGCGGCAGUCUGACAAAAUGCGUUGGAGUGGGUGCAACGUGGGUCGUGGGUCACGAUUUUUAACUGUGUUGUGUGCAGUCGUGGUAACGUUUAUGGUUGCCGGGUGCGUCGGUGUGUAUGAUAAUAAAGUGAACACCAGAUUUGGCCAGAUUAGGGGACUGUUGUACAGGAGCACCAGGGGCAGGCUCGUGUCACAGUAUUUAGGUAUACCUUAUGCUCUGCCACCUGUGCGCGACCUCAGGUUCAGGGUUUUAGACGAGGAGAAUGAGCAUGUCACGCUUCCAGUGAUGUUUUAUAUUCAUGGUGGAAUGUACGUUAGAGGAAGUGCCGAUAGUCGCCAGUUACCUCCGGAUUACUUAAUGGAUCAGAAUGUGAUCCUAGUCACAGUCAAUUAUCGCCUGAACAUUCUAGGAUUCAUGAGCAUGGGAACCGAGGCAAAUCCAGGAAAUUAUGGGCUCAAGGAUUUGCUGGAAGCUCUGCGUUGGGUGCACGAGAACAUUCGCUCGUUCCAUGGAGACCCGGACAACGUUACUCUGUGGGGUCACAGUUCCGGGAGUAGUCUCUGUCACCUGUUGGCGAUGAGCAACAGAACCGAGGGGCUGAUCAACAGGUACAUCCUACAGGGCAGCUCCGCUCUGACUACGUCGACGAUAAGCACCAACCGAAGGGCGAGGACCGUCGCACUUCGCUCUGCUAGAGAGCUCAACUGCCUUCCACAGAAGACAGAACCAGCAGAUACAAAAAUGAACAAUACUGAACAGAGUAAACCUGGAGAAGCCAGUACAGAACAGAGUGAAGGGGAGAUUGAUGUGAAGAAUGAGACCCAAGCAAAUGAUCAAAAUCAGAGUGCAAUGGAGGAAGAGGGGGUAACUGUACAACCAGAAGUCGAUUAUGGAGAUAAGUAUACUGCUGAGGAAGAGGAGGAUAUAAUGUGGUGCAUGAGGCAUGUGGACGUCAGAGACCUUGCCUUAAUGGGAAAGGAUUUUCGUGUGAAAGGUGCGUGCUGCGUUUUUGCGCCGGUUAUCGAACGGGAAUCGAACGACGCGGUGGUGACGAUGCACCCCCUGGAUGCGAUCAAAGAGCGACGUUUGAGGGACCUGCCAUUUAUUAUCGGGGCCACCGAACACGAGGGAGUCGAGAAAGUCGUCGGUGAAUAUCAAGAAUCAACUGGAUUUUACCUAAUUCCAUUGUUAAACAAAAAGUUCGAGAGUCAUAUGCUGCACAAUACCGAAAACGACAUAACUAUGAUUAAUAUAAUGACAGAGAUGUGGGCCAGUUUUGCUACCACAGGAGUGCCUGAAGCUUGGACUAUACCAGCGUGGCCAGAUUGGCGCGAGGCCAACGAGUUCCUACGAUUUGGGAAUGGGAAACAACCGGAAGUGACGGUUGAGAGAGAUUUAUUCCCAGAGAGGAUGGCGUUUUGGGAGGAAUUGUCGAAAAUUAUCGAUUUCGAACCGAUGCAAGUGGAGUAUCUGAUGGAGGCCACGACAGAGGAUACGACAGAGUCUAAUGAUGGUGAUAGUAAAACACUUAACAAAGUAAUGCUCUGUAUUCUAGCAAC